AUGGGGGAACUGGAAACAGCUCAACAUUUUAUUUACAUCACACAGGUCUACUUUUGCUAUGCUGUCGUUGUCUGGGACUGGGCCAUUAGCUUGCCUAGAGAAUGGCGUUUUAUCUGGAAGACUCAUUGGACGCCCGUCAAGACUGCAUAUCUCUUCUGUCGCUACUGGGUUAUUGCCGUCGUUCCGUAUCUUUUAUAUGCUUUUGUCACCAACCACACCGAAGCAGAGUGCCAGAGAAUUUACAAGAUUCCUGUCGCAUUGGCCAUGUGGAACCAAGUUGGGUCCGAGUCUGUUCUGCUCAUUCGUACUUACGCGUUUUUCAACCGUAAUAACUACCUACUGGCAGCACUUAUAUGUGCGCUGGCUGGUGUUGUCGGGUAUCAACUUUUUGUCGAUACUUCUGAAAUGAUGCUUCUUCCGUUUGUCACUCCGCCCUUUACGGAAGGGCCAUGUUUCCCCAUUUCUAGGCCCCAUUCGGCUCACUUGCUCGGUUUCUUCAUUGCCCCACUUCUGUUCGACACUAUAGUUACUGCUAUCACUGUCUGGAAAGCAUUUGCAAUUCGCCGCCGCAGUGGUGGACCAAGUAGCAAACUCAUUCAAACUUUCCUUCGAGAAGGUGUCUUUUACUACAUUCUCAUCUCUAUUGCCAACUUGAUCAAUGGAAUUUUCUACCUUCAACCUCGUCAAGUGAUAUCUGCGCUCAACAUCCCACUGAGCGUUAUGAUGGCGCCAUUGUUGGCAUGUCGUUUGAUCCUUGAUCUUCGUGAACGUGGCGCAGAGACCGUUUCCCAUUCAGAAGGAACGGGCGUUAGCGCAUUCGCAACAAAAUCCGGUGUGAUUACCUCCAAUACUGGUCACCGCGGAAAGCCUAGCCGCGGACGCCACCGCGGCCCAGGCUCAACGAUCACUUCAAACGUUAUGUUGAGCACUAUAGGAAGCAUUCCGCCCGAUCUUGAAGCAGCUGAGGUGGAGCUUGACGAGAUGCACUUUGAGCUCGGGAUGGGCUAUGGUGGAGAUAGCACACGCUCACUGGGUUCGGUGGAAAAUGCCACACCAGCCCCCGCCUACAACUCGAUUGAAAUGGGGUUCAACGCUCGGCCAGGAAGUGUGACUGACGAAAGUGGAGCAGCUGGCAUGUCGUCCGUCUCAGGGAUUAGGAUUGACAUAGAGAAGACGACGUCCACGAUAUGA